CUUUUCUCACCAUGUCGCGUCUUGACCGCACCCGCACAUCUGCUCAUCAACUGCGCCCAUUCUUUUCCUCUCAGAACCUACUUAAUCGCUCCGAUGGCUCAGCCCAAUUUGAUUUUGGUGGAUCAUCCGUACUAUGUUCUGUCGUCGGCCCUGCAGAAGUUAAACUCAGGGAUGAAAAACUGGACAAGGCUACCAUUGAGGUUGUUGCUAGGCCACUAGUUGGCCUGCCUGGUGUCAAAGACAAGGCUCUCGAACAAAAUAUCAGAGAGUCAUUGGAGCCUUUGAUCUUGUCGGGGCUUCACCCUCGCACAAUGCUUCAGAUUGUAAUCCAAACAAUGAAAGAUGAUGGAUGUAUCUUGUCAACAGCCUUUAAUGCUGUCAUUUUGGCCCUUCUCGACGCCGGCAUACCUCUUAAAUCCAUUCUUGGGUCUGUAACAUGCAUGAUUGACGCACAAUCUAGCGAGAUAUUGCUUGAUCCGACAACAGAAGAACUCUCGCGAGCCAGAUCAACUCAUGUAUUUGUGUUUGAUAACAAGUCUUCAGUACAAUCAGAGCAAGGAAAAAUGAAUGUCGAUACAGAUGACCAAGAAGCAGGAACAUCUAGUUUGGCGGCAGUACUUUUCUCAGAUAGUACAGGAAUGUUCACAGAACAGGAGUACUUCGAGUGCGCACAUUUCUGUUUCAAGGCAUCACAAGCAGUACAUGGAUUCAUCAGAACAGCAGUGCAAAAAAAGCUAGAGAAAGAGUACCAGCAAACUCAAGCAUGAAAGGCCAAUCUAAUUCAUCCAUCAGGCUUUUAUUAUUAUCCACACAAUAAACACGACAUCCGUCAGCGCAUUAUUUUGCAUGACUUCUUGAUUUGUUCCGA